UUCCAGGAUUGCUUUGCAGUGCUCUAGUUAAAGAAGGAAAUUACAUAUCAGAAAUCGUUUUGAAGAAUGCCGCACGGACAUUCUCAUAGCGCAGGCUGCGGACAUGAAGCCCUUGGCAUUGAAAAUGAACUCGAAGUUGGCAUACAGUAUAGUUUGUAUGAGAAAAUUGAUAUGAACAACUUGGAAUGUUUGAAUGAAGAGUUGGAAGGCUCCGGGAAAACCGUAUUUAAAUCGUAUUGUGACAGAUUGAAUCGCGAAAAGUUCGUUAGAAGUGAUGCAGACGAAGAGCUCCUGUUCAACAUACCAUUUACGGGAAACGUGAAGCUUAAAGGAGUCAUCAUAAUCGGUGCGGACGAUGAUACACAUCCGAAAAAAAUGAGGUUGUUCAAGAAUCGUCCUAAAAUGACAUUCGAUGAUGCAGCAGUCAUUGCAGAUCAGGAAUUCGACCUAGAACGAGAUACGCACGGCGUAAUAGAGUAUUCAACAAAGGUAGUGUCAUUUGCAAACGUGCAUCAUCUGUCCAUUCAUAUACCAUGUAACUACGGAAACGAUUCUACGACGGUUUACUACAUUGGACUGAAGGGGGAAUUCAGUGAGGCGCAACACCAUGGCGUUACAAUUUGUACCUACGAGUCUCGACCAAAUGUAUCCGACCAUAAAAAUAGUCUCUUCGACUCGGUAAACCACCAAAUUCAGUAAUAAACUACUCCGAUGUUGUUAAAAUUUA